AUGACUGCACACAGCCGGGAAGUGUGUCCAAACCUUGUAUUUGGGGUAGCAUUGGUCGAUUUCCAUCAUACGAGAGGGCCUGAGAUGGAGCACUGGCAUAGUGAUGAAUUGAAAGAAUGUACAUGGAAUAAUUUGCCCUUCCAGGCGCUACCGGAUGGAUCACAUUCAUUUGAGGAGACAUUCACCUACUUUACACUAUUAUAUGAUGAUAAAGAUCAUAGAGGUUUAAACUGUAUUGAUGAGGUCACAGAUGAGAAUUUGAAUGCUUGCACUACAUUAUUUGCGAUUUCAUGCGCAAGGCAAAUAAAAUCAGACCAAUUACUGAAUAAAGGAGACGAUGUUACAAGGUCAAUUGUACAAAAGUCUCUGGUUGUAAUAUCCAGGGUUCCGAUCUUUGGUCAGAUUAAAGACAAGCUAAGCAUUGUAACGAAUGCGCUGUUCCUUCAGAGGGAUUUUUCUGAUAAGACAAUAUUACACACUUUAUACCAAAAUCUCAAAAGUAUGUUUAAUUCCAAAAGUCUCCUUGAUGAGUCUAAUCUUUACGUCGGCUUAAGUCUACGCAAAAUAAUAUAUACAUUUAGAAAGGAUGUGCUGCUCAUUUUGAAAGCUAUACUUCUGGAGCGAAAAAUGAUCUUUUAUGGCAGUAAUGUUGAGGAGCUUUGCAGCCUACAAUUUGGUUUGAUAAGUUUGAUACCACACUUGAUUUCCAACCUUGAUGAUUGUGGGUCCCCCUUAUUACAUAAGUACGAAAGUAAUUUGACAGCGUGUGAUUCCUUUAAGUCCAGUGAUAGGAAAUCGGUACUGCGUUUCCUCGGUUUCCCGUUACAAAUAUUUGGUAAGGGAGGAUUAUUUUCCCCAUAUACUCCGUUGCAACAAUUAGACGAUUUGACAUCUUCCAAGACUAAAUGGUAUGUAAUCGGGACGUCUAACAGCCUGAUAUUGGAACAAAAGCAUAAGCUAGCUGAUGUCAUGGUCAACCUUGAUCAAAAGACUGUAGAGCUUGUUUCAACCGAUAAAUUACUAGCUCAAGCGUUACAGUACACUCACCAUGAUCGUAAGUGGAUGGAUAUGAUCGUGAAUAAUGUGGUGGGAACCUGGAACGAGAACGACCUUUAUACUCCCUCGAAUUUCCAAUUUGAAGGCAGUGAGGACUUUAUACGCUGGCAAUUUGAGGAAUAUUUAACAGGCUUGAUGUCAUCAGUGAAGUUGGAUAAAUUUAUUUCGCAAAAUAAUGGAUAUUAUCUAAUUAUGAAAACUAUCCCUCCGGCAUACCUAAGUGAUAACCCGAUAGUGUAUUUUAAUAAUCAGUGGGUUCAACUAUGGAAGAAAACCCGAAAUUUCAAGAUGUUCUAUUAUUACACGGAUGAUCGUCUAUUUGAUCUGUUUGAACCAAAGCAUGUCCAUAAUGUGACGGAUUCUAUGUCUGCAUGGCAGCAAAAAUUUAUAAGGUCUUUCAAAAUGUUAAACAGAUCUGACUCCCGAGUUAACGAAGGUAGCCACUCAGAGGUAAAUAACUGCGAACUAAAAUCUCCAGACUCAACGAGCAGUACGGAGGAAAGGCGAUGUACCGAACAUAUAAGGCAGGGCAGUUCUGGAUGGAACUCAUGGAAAGAAUAUUUCAAUACAAGGCUCAAAAGGAGAUCUGAUGACAGUCCUUCAAUAUCAAGGAAAUAUGGCAGUUCUGGAACUCCUACAGAUGGGGUUGUUGAGGAUUCACUGAACGAGUUGGACUUGAAUUCCACAAAAAAAAGCGAUAUUAGUUCAGAUGUAAAGUCUCUACCCAGUAAUAUUGUGGAGAAUCCAUGGAAAUAA